ACUGAAGACCACCACCACCACCACCACCACCACCACCACCACCACCACCAUGGCCUCCUCCGACAUGAACACCACAGCAGGCAAAGUCUUCUUCCCAGACUACGAUUAUGACUUCAACGAUUCGCAGUGUCUCGUCAACGGGUCCAUCUCUGCCGAAGUGUGCCCUGAGUUUGAAUUCCCGAUGUUCCGACACUCCCUGCAGGUGACAAUUCUCUACUGCGUGUCCUACGUGCUGGUGUCGCUGAUGGGCGUGGUGGGGAACAGCUUCGUGGUGGCUGUGGUGAUGCGGGCCCCGAGGAUGCGCACCGUUACCAAUGUCUUUAUCGCUAAUCUGGCUGUUGCUGAUCUGCUCGUCAACAUUAUCGUGCUGCCCACCACGCUGAUUGGACACCUGCUCAAUGCCUGGGUGCUCGGCCUCUUCGUGUGCAAGGCCAUGUCGUAUUUGCAAGGCGUCAGCGUGUCCGCCUCAAUCAACACACUGGUGGCCAUCUCCGUGGACCGUGCCCUGGCCAUCUGCUACCCGAUGCGCUGCCAGAUCACCUCCCGCACCUGCCGCAGCAUCAUCCUCGUCAUCUGGGUGUUCUCCCUCACCAUCACACUCCCCUGGGCUAUUUACUUCACCCUGGAGCCUAUACCCAAGACCGACCUGAGCGUGUGCACGGACAGGUGGCCAGAUGAGCAGAGCGGUAAUUUGUACUUCGUGCUGGCUAACCUGGUGAUGUGUUACCUGCUGCCCCUCACUGUCAUCUCUAUUUGCUACAUCCUCAUUUGGCGCAAGGUGUGGCGGCGCAAGCUUCCCGGGGAGAGGCAGGACGUGGGCGUGGCGAUGAUGAUGCACCGUUCCAAGAUUAAAGUGAUCAAGAUGUUGCUGGUUGUGGUCAUCCUCUUUGCUCUCUCCUGGCUGCCACUCUACGUCAUCUUCGCCAGGCUCAAGCUGGGCGUCGCUCUCACGGAUAUGGAGAAUAACUUCAUACAUAUCUUGGCCCCGAUUGCACAGUGGCUCGGGGCGUCCAAUUCCUGCAUCAACCCUAUUCUCUACGCCUUCUUCAACGACAAGUUCCGUGCGGGAUUCAAGGCCAUAUUGGUAUCCCACUCCUGCUGCUCACCGCUUCGCCUGGAGACCAACUGCAAGUCCUUCACGUCCGUCAAGACCCCCAACCCUUGCUCUCUCGAGUCCAAGGCGUCUUCUGAGUUUUCCGUCUACUCAAGUUCCUCUGGAUCUGCCGAGACGCGUAGGAAGUCAGUGCUUGUCCAGAUCCCACUAGAUAGCCACAGCGCCAGGACAGUGUUGGCUGCCACGCCCUCGGAGAAGAGGCGGUGCGUGGCCACCUCAUCCCUGCUGUACCACCACGCCUCCAGCAGCCCCACCGCCGCCACCACCGCCGCCACCACCAAGCGUCGCUCCACCUCUUCCACCAAACCAAGGCUUCUCUACCGCCAGUGCAUCAUUAAUAAUCUCACCAACGGAGGCGCCACUGCUGCCACCACUACCACCACCACCGCCAUGACCACCACUAAGCCAGCGGAGACUACCACCACCACCAGCACCACUGCAACCACCACCACAACCACCUCCAUCGACGCCGCCUCUGCCACACAGACCAACGGGUGCAGCACCUUAGUAUGAGGCGCUGCUUCCCUUCCUUAGUUACUCUUCCAUUGCUGAGUAUUAGUUCAGCCAUCAGUGAAGCGUACUACUCACCCUGGCAGUGCUGACGCUCGUGAGGAUAGAGGUCUUGGCUCAGUCCACAAUGAUAUAGCGAAGAUAAGGUUAAGAGUCAGUUGUGAUGGUGAUCCUUCAGGUCACUUGAUACACCAGGCGACGAGGCACUACUUCGAACACUCUGGAUGGCACUCAUAGCCUUCCAGUGUAGGAAUGCCGCGGCCCGCCACCUUGCCGUCACCUGGGACACUCACUCACCUGAACCACCGUGAAGGACGAGGAGGAGGAACUGGAUAAAGAAAAUGCACUGAAGUGAUUUUUCCUAAAGUCUGUAACUUCCUCAGCUUUUCCUUAUAAUCUUUCUACCAUAAGAGGUUUUUGUUUUGUGUAUAGACAUUACAAACCUUACAAAUUUAAUGGUAUAGAUUUGAUCGGUACAUAUUUUAACGUGUUUUCAAUCAUGUUCUUUCAGCGAGGAUGUCACUGAUAGCCAUGGAUGAAAGACACUUACUUUGACCUGUGUAUAUUCAUCGACAUGGCCUUGUUGAAUGACAAAGACUACCAUUCUGAGCUUCGCGAUGCAGGUACAAGAGAUAAACAUUACUUUUUUUCUUACCUGACGUCCUGAAGUCCUCACGUUGAAGGUUUCCAAACAAAUUAAAAGAAUGACAAGGAAGGUAAUAAUUUCAUGUCAAGUUCACUCAUUAUAGUGCAUCAGGAGUUUUCGCGGUACAUUAUCAGUGUGCUGUGUCAUACUGAGGCUCUUUCGGCACUUUCAAUGAGUCACGGAAAUAUGGUUGAAGGCGACAGUAUAGCGAGUGUAAACCGCUUGCAGAAAUAUGUUUGGAGAUGUCAGCGGGAAACUCAGCGCCUCUCUUCCAGGUGGUUUCAGAAUUAUUGUCAUGUAUUACCUUUGCUUCUGAUGCGCCUCAAGUGUCCAGUGUGCCUUCCAGGUAUUAACACGUGUUGUUGUGGAUCAAGGUAACUGCUUUGGUGAUGUCACAGCCGCGGUCACACAGCGCUUGGUUGGUGGGUGGCCCGGCAUCUGUCUGCACUUGUGACGUCUUCAUGGCUUGUCUGUGUACUUUUGACGUCAGAAAUGCGCACGUGAUUGACUUCUGUGGCGUGAUCAGCGCCUAUGUUAAUCCGGUGGUGCGUGUCUGUUGUUUCCAGAAUAACAAUGACGAUUCACUUGAAACCUACACAGAUGUGAGCGUCAGUAGGGCAGGGUGUGUUGGGAGUGUUGGGGGUGGCACGUGUGGUUUAUGGUGUUUGCCGUAGUGGAGGCGAAGCAACGGACUUCCGGCGUUACUGUACGUGCUGUUAUCACUCACAAUAUUGUAUUUGUGAUCGCUAGGCAUGAGGUACACGUGGCGGUACCAGAUCCUAGCCUAGCCUGAUGCGGCUCUGAAGCUCCAUAAUGCUGCCAUGACAGGACAGGACACCUGCAUGACCGAUUGUAUUCUAGUUGUCCAUGACGCUGAUGAUGUUUGUCUGUCUAUCUGAUGACGCCACUUAUUCUUGUUUUGUCUCUUGUGAAGAAAGCCUUUAUGUUCCACGAGGCAAGGCACUGUGUCGUGUGUCCACGCAGUCCCGUAUUCUGCGUGUCUCGGGGACGGGGGACGCAUUGCCCGUGCAGGGCUCCAGCUAUGGCUUGUGUUGGCACCCCUGGCUUGGGGGAGGCCAGGGCUGCCAACAUACCUUGAAACAAGAAUAUUUAAUCAAUUUGUGUUGUGUUAUGUUGAGUUGAGAGUUGGUGAACGCGAUGACACGAUUACUCACGGUCACACACUACAGUAACCACACAUCAAAGUACAAAGUGGACACACACACACACACACACACACACACACACACACACGGCCCGGUAGCUCAGUGGUUAGAGCGCUGGCUUCACAAACCAGAGGACCGGGGUUCGAUUCCCCGGCCGGAGAUAAUUGGG